AUGCAGCCUUUGCACCUCGGUGUCCUGUCCAGUGCCGUCUGCCAUCUGCCAUCUUGGACAUUGGGUCUAUUCACGGUUUUGACAAAAAGACCGGGGGAUUCACCCAAAAUCGACCUCGAUACUACCUCACCACCCUACCAGCCAAACCCCCUCUUCUUCCGCCCCAUCGUCGUCGUCUUUAUUUUGUCCGAGUCGAAGCACAUUGGUGGAUUUGUUCCAUUCCUUUUCAUUUUGCCGUACCACGGUAUGUCACUCCAUGGUGUCCAACUGCCGCACUUCGAACGAGCUUGCUUUCCCCCUGGCGGACCCGUCACCCGUCACCCGUCAGCCUCCCCGGGCUCGCACCGUUAUGUUCGUUGUCUUAGCAUUCUACCGGUUUGGCUGCCCCGGGCUCUCAUCGACUAUCGUAUCCGCAUCGCCCAAUGCUUGUGGCUUGUGGCUUCUCCAGCCUCCCCGAUUGACUGCCCCUUGGGCCCUUGGAUAUCAUGUCAUGGACUCAUGGUAGAGGUGCAGAUGCUGUACCAAUCCCUCGACUUCCCCUUUGGUCGCUACGGAGCCUUGUCUCCCUUGACAUGCCUGCAGUUCCAUCGUAGAUCGCGGUGGAUGGUGGGUUACGCCCCCAUUCUCCCAAAACCCCAACUGGAAUGGCCCAUGACGCAGUGCCGACCUGGAGCCCCUGAUUCUUGA